AUGUCGCUCCUUGCAGCGCGUCCCCCCGCUCCCGAGGAGCGCGCUUCGGUCGUUCUCCCGACAGUCAAAUGCUCGACUUGCGCCGUCGAGAUCCCUCUCAACUACCUCGGCGAACAUAUCUGCGGCUCGGCCCCGGCUCCUCGCGCCAACAACUUUGGCCCGUCCCCGUUCCGCCAUGGAGGACCCAACCAAGGGUCACGGUCCCACCUGAAUGCGCAGACGGGAGGCACUAUCAAACGGCCAGGUGCGCCCACGAUGCUCCGCCCGUCUGGGCCUAGUCGGUUUGACGACGAGCUAGUGGCACCUUCGCGGUUUGGCGACUACACGGCAGACGUCCCGAUGUCGGCAGUCUCGGCCAACAUGAAGGAUGGACAGUGGCCGUCACAUGAGCAGAAGGGCAUGCUCCCGCCUCGACCUCUGGCCGACGACAUGCCGCCUCCGUCACCGACUCUGCCGGAUACGCGGAGUGGUGGAAACGCUGGUAUGGCCGGCGUUGGGCGACGAGCGUUCGCUGCCGCUGCGUGGAGCGUGCGCGCGGGAGUGGCGUUAGCCCACGGAGCGGGUAAGGACUUUGCUCACGACCACGGUUCGGGCGGCAUGCACGACCCGAGCGACGCUUCUCCCAACCCUUCGCCCAUGAACGAACGACCGCCACCGAAUCGGAUGCGCGAUGGUCGCGCUGAGACCCCUCGCCAGAUGCCCGUCGCAAUGCCCAUGCCAAGAGCCUCCCCGUCUCAGCAGUCGCCAGUCGAUUACCGGCCUCCAGUCAACCGCAGUGCCUCGAGCACGUCUAGCAGGUCCGUCCGGGAACCGGUAAUACUGCCGAAGGUGCCGCUGUCUGGGCGUGCACCUUCGCGAAACCAAUCGCGGAACGGUGACUGGCGCGCGCCCUCACGGGCCGGCGACCACCGAGGCGAUGAGUUCUUACCAGCACGGCCGCAGGACAUUCCUAACCGCAGUGCUACUUCGCAGUCCCGUUACUCUCCAGAGACAGAACGUGCCCACAACAAUGGGCCCAACAGCCCCUUCUUUGACCGGUACCGCCAGAUGGUCGAGACGCAAAGCGACCAGACGCACGAUGUGUCAAGGAGCAAGUACUCGCCUGUCGAAGAGCGCUCAAGACGUCAUCACCCGCGGCACAGCAGCUACGACGCCGGCAGCAGUAUCGGAGGAGAAGAGUCGUCUCUGCCAUGGGCACGAAGCGAGACUGAGGAAGAGCGUUACGAUCACCGGCGGUAUCCGACCGACGGCAGCAUCCCCUCAACCUCGUCGUCGGCAUCGGGCGACCACAACCGCGGCGGCGACUCCUCGUCGCACGAGGCUGAGAUGGUCAUGACGCCGAGCCACAGCUGGGAGGGUCUCGUCGAGCGGACAGCGAACGUGGCAAUCCACGACGACAAGCUCAAGGCGAACAACUCGCCCUACGCCUUCCCCGGCCUCAACUUUGGCGAGAGCAUCGCCGACUCGCUCCACGACAUUCAUGAUGAGGACGACGGCGAGCACUUUGUCGUCGGCGCACCGCUGCCGGAUCGGAGGGCUAACGGCCACCUCCGCUCCUCCUCGCAGUCGACCGUCAAGUUUGACGAACUACGCGGCGCCGUGCAAAAGAAGAAGACGUCUCCCCUUCCCUCGCCGAACCUGAACCGCGACCUCGACCCGCCGCGCAUCCCGCUGCAGAUUUCGAACAGCGCGAAGCGGUCUCCGGACCUGCGCAGCGCGAACGUCACGCCGAGCCCAACUUCGUCUCGUCCACGGAGGCAGUGCGCGAACUGCGGUGAGGCGGUCGGCGGCAGCAAGCGGUUCGUCGAACGCGACGGCAUCGUUCUGUGCGAGGCGGACUGGAAGAAGCUGUAUCUGCCCGCGUGUCGCCGAUGCCGUCAGCCGAUCGAGAAGAGCGCCGUGUCCUCAUCCGAUGGACAGCUGAAGGGCAAGUGGCACCGCGCGUGCUUCACGUGCACGCGAUGCGACAAGCCGUUCACGGGCAACGACUUCUACGUCUACGACGGCCGUCCUUGGUGCCAGUACCACUACGCCGAGGAGGCAAACACGCUGUGCUCUGCGCCAGAGUGCCGUCAGCCGAUCGAGGGCCCGUGCAUCCUGGCUCCCGCAGGCGCCAACUCGAAGGAGCAGCGCUACCACCCCGGCCACUUAAAGUGCAAGGUGUGCGGUGACCAGAACAUGUUUGAGUACUACGAGAUCCCGGCCGAGGGCGGCACGACGGACAAGUACUGCGAGCUGCACUACAAGAAUCUCGUGUCGAGCGGAGGAGCGGGCGGCCGUGGCGAGAAGCGCCGCACGCGCCUCGUCGACCUCACCAGCUUCAAGUAG